AUGGCCUCGCCCUUACCACCAGACCCCUACGCAGCGCUCGGCGUUCCCAGGUCUGCCGACACUCCAGCCAUCAAGAGCGCCUACCGGAGACUAGUCCUCAAGUGCCACCCAGACAAAGUAGCCGACGAAACGCUUAAGGCAAGGGCCGCCGACGAGUUUCAUAAAAUCCAGCAGGCGUACGAGAUUCUUGUUGACGAUGAUAGACGCGAGCGGUAUAACUCGCAGGUGCGGUUAGCGGAGUUGAGGAGGGAAGCGAUGGAGAGGUCGGGGUCCGGGAGCGGACCGAGGGUGGAAGUGAGGACCGCGGCGUAUGACAUGCGCACACCUGGCGGUGCGACGUACACGGCGCAAGGUCCGGCAAGGGUUGUCGAGGAGAGGAGACCGCGGGAGUACGAUGAUGAAAGAUACGAGCAGUCGCGGACUUCGUCGAGGAAGUACGACGGAUACGAGCCGUCGUAUGGGCGACGACCCGCUGCGAGGACUGAUCGCGAACCGAUCAGAGUCAAUACGCGGGAAAAAGAAAGCGACAAGACCGACAGAGCAGAGCGCACGAGGAUGAGAGACCGAGAGGUGCGAAGAGAACGCGUGCGGAAAACGGAAUCUGCAUCCGCGUACAGUGAUGAUUCAGAUGGGCGAGCAAACUUCGAAAACGACUAUCACAGGAGGAGCGAAGACGCGGCCAGAUACCAGCAAGAUACGCGAAGGGGCUCAGAAAGGAGGAGUAGCCGCGAUGACUACUACGGCAACGAUGUUGAGCGGAAAACAUCCACUGCGGAGGACUACAUAAAGCGAUCCAAACAAGGUUCCUAUGAGGAUGCACGCCCUUCGCCGAGCCGCUCGACCUCUUCGCAACCCGCAUAUGCUUAUGAUGUCCGCUCCAGCCGUGGAUCAGAACGGCCAGCAUAUGUCCGCCGCUCCUCCGCUCAGCCCAAGCCAUCCUCGCGGCGUCGCUCGCCCGAGCGUGAACGCCGCCGGGACGUCAUAGCAGAGGAGGAGGAGUACAAUGCUCGGCCCACUCUCGAAAAGUCCAACUCCGACCCAGCGCGAGUGAAGGCUGCCGUGCCUCCCCUAAGGACCCGCAUCCAGCGCUCUCAGACAUACCAACCCGACGAGCACGCGCAACCCUCCCCUCCCACCUUUCCAGACAUUCGCCGCGCUGAAACAAUGCCUAUGCCCGUCACCGCCACUGGCACCACCUCACCAAACACCUCCCGUCGCCGCGGUGUAACCCAGCCGGCGCAGCCCUCUAAAUUGCGCUCCGCCAGGGAAACAAUGCAUGACUCGGGUUACUCCUCAUCUUCCCCUGGCGCCCUGGACACGGCCUACCCAUACGCCCAGGAACCACCCCGCCCCGCCCUCGACCGCUCAACCAGCAAAACAACCUACUACACCUACCCCAGCGGCGGCGUGAGCGUCAAGCCCACCUCCCCGCACAUACAACCCCAGGAAAGCGGCUACCGUACCGUUACCCGCGAGCCCGGACAGCCGCGUAACCACUCCCCGGACGCAAUCUCCCCGCGCACUCGAGAAGCAGAGAGACCACCGCUGUCGACCGCGCGCACCGUCCCUGCACCCGCGCCCGCUGGUGUACCCACGAGCCGAUAUGCGACCGCGACCGCGGCGCCCUCGCCCACAGCAGCGAGUAGGAGCGCCAGCUACGCCUUCGCUCCCGAAACGGCGCCGCGGCCCCACAUGGGGAGGAACACGAGCUACGGCAAAGAGUACGCUGACGGCGACCCCCCGGUGAGAAGCAGCGGCCACAGGGAAGGACAUAUGCUGUACGGCGAGCAGUACUCGGGCUUCCACUCCUACGGCAGCGGCAGUAGACGUGAUAGAGAGAGGGAGCAGCCGACGAGCUAUGCGCCUGAGGAGGUGAACUGGGCUCAGCCGAUUGGGGAGAGGGAUGUCAGAUACGCGGCAAGACGGAGGGAUGAGCCGGCGGGGGUGAGGCCGGGGGCUGUGAGGAGGAGUGAGACGUUUGCUUACUGA